AAUGAACCGGAUCGCAUUUCGGAUCCGAAAGUAGUUUAUCAUCAGAGUCUCGUCCACACACUUCUUAUCAGCCACAACAAUGGCUCUCACAGGAAAUCGAAUUCUCUGCAACAGCGCAUCAACAAAAAUACCGUUUACCCAAUUCCCUCUUCGCCGUCCCUUCUUACUUCCCUCUCAGGGGAGAAGAAGUCAAUUCACUGUAUUGGCUGCAAAGAAGUUCACUUCAGGGAAGAACAAGAGAAGUUCAAUUUCAACUAAAGAGCCAGUAAACGAAGAAGAAGAAGAAUUCCAGACGAUCAAUAUUCGUAUUGGUAGUGAAGAUAGGAUUUCUGCAACUACAACAACUGGUGAUGCUUUUGUGAUUCCGAAGCUUCCUGGAGAGGAAACUGACUUUUGGGAAGGACCUCAAUGGGAUGGAUUUGGAUUCUUUGUUCAGUAUAUGUGGGCUUUUGGUGUUCUCUUUUCGCUAAUUGCAUGUGGUAUUGCUGUGGCCACAUAUAACGAUGGAGCUACAGAUUUCAAGGCUACUCCUGUGUAUAAGGAAGCAAUGGAAUCACAAGAACUUCUUGAAGAACCAGAGGCUUCUAACUCGGAUGUGUUCGAGUCAAAUCCAACUGAAGAGGCACCUAGUUUGGAAUAGAUAAGUUUGCUAAGUUCACUUCUAAUGAAGAAUUCUGUCUUCAUAUUGUGAUAAUUACGGGUAAAACAGAAGUCCAGCUAAGAGUGCCCAACUUAGAUUCAAAGUUACUCUUACAAGCUGAAAUGUAGACGUUUUUAUACUUUGUAUCCAUGUGGAAUUGUAGUGCAAAAUAUACUGAUGAAAGUAUGGAAGUUGUUUCUUUAUUUUCAA